AUGAAGCUGGCCACGGCCACGGAGACGCACAUCAUCAUUCUUCUGGAGAGAGCGCUCUCCACGUCGCAGAGGGGAUUCUACAUUGCCAUUGGCUCCGUCCCCUUCGCAAUUCUCGUCUACUCAAUCGCCAGCUCUCCCGGCGACAAUGCCCUCACCCGUCUGGUGCGGCAAUAUGACGCGGGCAAAGAGGUGUUGUUGAGAAAGGAUGCAAUACACACGACCAUGAUGGAGCAGGCAGCGGCGGAUAGGCAGUUGUUCGCUGCGACACCCACAGAUCCCGCGGGUCCUCCUCUGCGACAUCAAGAAUCUUUCAACUUCGGGUCCCCUUGGAACGUUUCCGCUGGACAAGGCACGGCAGAUCUCACGGCGUUGGCUAAAUACUACGAAGGGAGACAUAAAGAAGUGGAGCAAGAGCGGGUAGAGAGGCUCAAGAAACAGAAGGGAUCCAUUUACGACUCAUAA